CUUCAGGCAAACAGCCCCAUCGGAGUCGGCCUUUGCUUGUAGUAUUUAGCAUUCCUAGCCGCUCGUUUAUUCCCGCUAGAGUGGUCUCUCUACCUCUCUACAGGAAACCACUGAGAGAGAAAGCUUCCACGUUAUCGUCGUCUCUCUCCUUCACAAGCAAGAACAAAUGCUUCUGCUUGCUGCUAUCAAACCGAUUCGUGCUCGCCUCCCACCUCAGCGAAUGGUUUUAUAGGGUUUCUCUAUUUUUUUCUGACUUCCUGUCCCGAGGUCUGGCAAGCGGCAAUGGCAGCUGCUGCUUGCUCUUCAACGUGUGUUCCUGGCGGCGAGCUCUUUGUUCGCCCUCAGGCCCUUCACAAGGAGACGCGCUCCCCGAAGCUCUGCGGUGGAGUCUAUCUGUUCUCUGCUCCGGUUCCUGAUUUACUUUCAUGGUAUCAAGAGCCACAAGAUGGGGGAUCAAGAUUUAGCUUCUUCUCUCCCUCCCUCCUCCACCUCUCUCACCGGAACCCCCAACCCCUAGCCUUUCAUUCCGGUUUCACUGAAGUUCCUCAUCACAAACAUCAAGAAUCUUCUUCCCCACCCUCUCACCACCGACAAUUACGCCAUAUGGAGAACUCAAAUCCUCCAACAAUUCACGGCUACCGGUUACGUUGGACAUCUCACCGGUGACGUCCCUCAACCCACUGCCGACAACCCGUGCGCUCACACAGCAUGGAAAUCCGUUGAUAGCACGCUGAUCUCGGCUCUGUUCUCCACAAUAUCACCUUCCAUCUUACCUUACGUCAUCACCGCCUUCUCGGCCUCAGACGUUUGGGCGAUUCUUGAACGCCGAUUACAAUCCUCGCGUCGUUCUCGAGUUCUUCAACUCAAGAACGAACUACACCAUCUCCAAAUGAAAAACCUCUCAAUGCAGCAAUAUCUAUCACAAGUCAAGACUAUCGUCGACAACAUCGCCGCAUCCGGCUCCAAAGUCGAUCCUGAAGACAUCAUUCUCUAUACCCUCAACGGACUUCCAGCCGUCUACAACUCUUUCAAAACAUACAUCCGCAACUCACCAAUUCCGGCAGAUCUUGACUCACUUUAUUCGCUCCUUUGUAGCGAAGAAAUUUACAUCAAUCAAGAACUCCAAACAGAUCAACAACAAUUCGCAACCCUUUCACGAUCCCACUCUCUAUCGACGUGUCGCGGGCUCGCUUCAAUAUCUGUCAAUAACUCGUCCUGACAUUGCGUUUGCUACUAAUCGCAUUUGUCAGCACAUGAAAACUCCAAUAGACCAUGACUACCUAGCACUAACCAGGCUGCUUCGCUACAUUAAAGGAACACUCAAUUUCGGUCUUCCCUUAAUCACCGGAGACUUGCAUCUACACACCUACACCGACGCCGACUGGGCCUCCGACCACUCGGAUCGCAAAUCCGUUUCCGGUUUCUGUACCUUCUUGGGACCAAAUCUAAUCUCCUGGUCCGUCAAGAAACAGAUCACUGUCGCCAAAUCCUCCACUGAAGCCGAAUACCGAUCGCUGUCAGCUGCCACUUCGGACGUCAUAUGGCUGUGACGUCUUGCAGCUGAACUGCACCUACCGCAAAGCCUCGCAACUC